GUGAAAAGCUAAACAAAAUCCCCCAAAAACCAGGAAAAUCGAUGAUCACAGCCAAACUGUCGAUUUUCACCAAUUUUUCCCGAUUUUAAGCUAAAAUGGGCGCCGGCUUGGUUUCCGCAUGCCUGCCGAUUUCCUACGUCUUGCUGGUCCAUUUGUUCGAUAGAAAUGGAACCGACCGAAAUGACCCGGAAAGUGUGAAGAGGAGAUUCAAAGGAGCCCUGUUGAGCAAUUUUGUCUCCAUUGUGGUCACCGCAUUCUACCUACGAGAUUAUACCGACUCUCCAAUGCUAGAAAUGGGAGUUCGAUGGGAUAACAUAGGACAAUCGAUCACAUAUCCAUUCAUUUUAAUGAAUGCAUUCUAUUUAGGACAAUUCGUUAUGAUGCAAAUCGAUCGGACACUUUGGCACUAUUUUGAUUGGUACGAGUGGAAGCUAUGUUUCAAUAGUUGGGUAUGGCGACGGGAUAUUAUUGUGGGUCCAAUAACCGAAGAAAUCGUAUUUCGAGCGUGCUCCUCAACUCUUAUGGCGCACGUCUAUGGUCCAACAAUGACAAUUUUAUUAAAUCCAAUUCCAUUUGCGGCUUCACAUUUUCAUCACAUUUGGGAUGAUCAACGACGUGGAUAUUCUCUAGCACAUUCUAUACUUCAACGGGGUUUCCAAUUCUGCUACACAUAUCUGUUUGGAGCAUUCGCCACGUGGCUCCAACUGACAACACGUCACGCAAUUGUGCCAAUAAUCGCCCACGCAUUUUGUAAUGCUCAAGGUCUGCCGCUUUGGCUCGAAAUUCCCAACUACCCGAAACGAAGAGAUCGUCUGACGCUCUACGCUGCCUAUUCUGUCGGUUUUGCCGCCUUCGUUCACCUAUUAUAUACUCGAAAUGGAAUGCCAACUCCCUAAAUUUUUUUGUUGGAAAAUUGAGAUUUUUCAAUUUUUUUUCAGUCGAAAUCCCCAUAUUUAUUACGUUUUCGCCCUCUUUUUUGCCCAAAAAAAUCCAUGAUUACCGAGUCAAUUUCUUACAUUUCAUCCGAUUUUUUCUCUAUUUUUUCCCAACCCAAAUCGAUCUUUCAGCUUUGUAAUUGUAUUUUUUCUGCUUUUUUUUUUUAUUUUUAAUAAUUUAUAAAAAUUAUUUUCAGUA